AUGUUGAAUUUAGAAACACUUGAUCUAUAUCUUAGAGUUCAUGGAAAAUUGAUUGAUGGAGAUCAAUUGAAGACAAAUAUAAUUAAUUAUAUGUUACGAUUAAACAAAUUUAUAUUCUUUAUUUUUUCGACUAUUAAUCUUAAUAAUCAAAUUCAUUUGCCAUCAAAUGAAGAUAUUCAACAUACCUUUAGAGAAUUUCACGACAAUCGAAUUAUCUCUUAUGUUUAUUAUCUUCCGAAAACAAGAAUAGGUCAAUGUCAUAUUUAUACAUAUCCAUAUCAAUUAAAACAUUAUCAUGAUAUAACAAAUAAUUAUCCAGAUGGUUUAUUUAAAUAUGUUCGUGAAAUUUCAUUAUAUGAUGAAUAUCCUUUUGAACAUGAAUUUUUUAUUCGAAUUCAACAAUCAUUUCCAUUUAUGAAAAAAUUAUCGUUAAACAAUGAUAAAUCACAAAAGAAAAAAUUCUUUAAUCAAUCAAAAAAUAAUUAUCAAAAUUUAUCAAUUAUUAAAUAUUCUCAUCUAAUUCAACUUGAUCUUCAUCAAGCUCAUAAAGAUUAUUUAGAAGAAUUUUUGCUUGAUACAAAAACAUCGUUUGCCAAAUAA